AUGCCGACGAUGGUACUCACUUUAAUCCCACCAUAUGAAGGGAAAAGGGUGCUAGAACUUGGAGCUAUCAUCAGUCGUUUCACUGAUGAACUGGCUCAAAAGGCUGGUGAAGUCAUCGUCCUUGACUUCAUCGAAAUCGCCAUUAAGAAGAAAAUCGAAGAUGGAUCCGUUGACUUGAUUUUCUCAAAUUGGUUGCUCAUGUAUCUCUCUGAUAAAGAGAUUUUCCAGGAAUGCCAAACAUGUGAUGCUUCUGGCAAAUCAUUUGAGCUCACUAUGGUUUGUUGCAAAUGCAUUGUGGCGUAUGUGAAGAACAAGAAGAAUCAAAAUCAGAUUUACUGGAUUUGGCAAAAAGUAAGCAUGGAGAAUGACAAGGACUUCCGGCGUUUCUUGAACAAUGUUCAAUACAAGUCUAAUGGGAUCUUGCGAUACGAGUGUGUUGUUGGGCAAGGAUAUGUGAGCCCUCGCGGUUUUGAGACAACUAAAGAAUUUGUGGCGAAGAUGGAGCUGAAACUUGGACAGAAAGUCCUUGAUGUUGAUUGUGGUAUAGGAGGAGGUGACUUCUACAUGGCUGAGACUUUUGAUGUUCAUGUUGUCGGUAUUGAUCUAUUGGUCAACAUGAUGUCUUUCGCGUUUGAGCGUGCUAUUGGGCUCAACUGCUCAGUGGAAUUUGAAGUCGCGGAUUGCACCACAAAUACAUAUCCUGAUAACUCUUUCGACGUCAUUUACAGCAGUGCCACUAUUUUCCACAUCCAAGACAAGCCAGCUUUGUUUAAGACAUUCUUCAAGUGGCUUAAACCAGGCGGAAGAGUUCUCAUCACUGACUAUUGCAAGAGUGAUGAAACUCCGUCUCCAUUAUUCGCAGAGGUCAUCAAACAAAGAGGAUAUGAUAUCCAUGAUGUUCAAGCCUAUGAACAGAUGCUUAAAGAUGCAGGCUUUGAGGAUGUGAUCGCUGAGGACCGUAUUGAUCAGUUUGUCAAGGCCUGA